CAAGAGCCCGUUUUGGGAGUUUCAUACAUUCAGUUGCUGUGUAACUGCCACGCUAGUUUGUGUUGUAGUUCAACAGGAUUUCAGGAAAUAACAUAAAUGACAGAUUUCCAUGUUGUGUUGCCAUUAAUGAGCAAAGAGAGACGCGUAACCAAAGGAAAGUGAAGUGCAGCAGCGCGUUGACUGAGUCCACACAGACCAAGUAGACAAAUCUAUCCAAAGUUGUUUUUAUUUUUAUUUUUUAAAUUUCACGCUCUGCUCUGUCGCAAGAUUGUUAUUUACAGCUAGACGCAAAAAAAAAAAAGUGUGAGUGAGAUCCUGCUGGUUCACUGACGCCUGCACGAUAUACUAGAUGACUGCGUUGAUGGUGACAUGAGUCAGAGGGAAUCUAAUUGUGAAAUUCAACAGCGACUGGUGAUGGAGUGACACAUUUCGGGCUUUUUUUUUUUUUUUUUUUUUUUUUUCAGCCCAACACUGAUCUAACAUUUGGAAGAGAGGACUGGAAUAAGCCAUAAGGCGCACAGCUCCAUACUGAAGUGUUUAAGUUUUAGUCUGAGGGGAAAUUUAAAAGACCUAAAAAUACAGCGUUGGUUUCUUCCCUACAAAGAAUCAUUUGAACUUCCCACCGCAGAGCGAGAGCGACAUAAAUAGUUCUGACAUGUGGAUGUAAUUUCAGAAGAGGAAAAAAGACAGAUGCAGAGAAAUACAGAGAGCGGGCUGAGCCUGAGCGUAUAGUAGAUUAUAGGAAAUUAAAUCGAGGGCAGAGUGGAGGCGAUUACAGAGUUAUGAUUUCACAAGCCGCCAUAAGCAUCGAGAGGCCAGAUGGAGUAAAAAAAAACACAACUCUCUCUACUUUGAAGAGAGUUAAGUAGAUUAAAUAAUUUCAUCUGAGCAUCAUCAGCGUCUGUUCGAGCCCUGCAAGGACUCUUGGAGGUAGAGUUGCCUCAGGUCAGGGAUGGGAUCCGCUCUGCUGCUCCACAAUCUGGACUUUCUGCUCAUCUCACUACUCAGCAGUUUAUGCCUGGUUUACGCAGAUGAUGUGCUCACAAAAGAGGAACAGAUAGGCCUGUUGUUCAAAGCCAAACGGACGUGUGAGGGCAACAUCAAGUCAAAGCACAAGAUCCCCGAUGGUUUCUGCUCACCAGAAUGGGACGGGAUUGUUUGUUGGCCUGAAGGGCCUCCGGGAAAGCUCAUAUCUACCGCCUGUCCAGAGUACAUCUAUGACUUCAACCAUAAAGGCCUGGCGUACCGCCGGUGUGACAACAAUGGAACGUGGGAGCUGGCCACAAUCAACAAGACGUGGGCCAAUUAUAACGAAUGUGCAAAAUUCCUCUACCAUUACAACCACAGCCAUGAAAAGGAGGUCUUUCACCGCCUGUAUCUCAUCUACACAGUGGGGUACUCCAUUUCUCUGGGAUCGCUCAUGGUGGCCGUAGUCAUCUUGGGAUAUUUCCGACGAUUACACUGCACCAGGAACUACAUCCACAUGCACCUAUUUGUGUCCUACAUGCUUAGAGCCAUCAGUAUUUUUGUGAAAGAUGUCGUGCUCUACUCUGGAUCGGCCCUAGAGAACAUGGAAAGAGUCACAGUGGAAGACCUCAAGUCCAUCACUGAGGCUCCACCAGCCAACAAAACACAGUUUAUUGGCUGCAAGGUGGUCGUGACCUUGUUCAUGUACUUUCUGGCGACCAAUUACUACUGGAUCCUCGUAGAGGGUCUGUACCUUCAUAGCCUCAUCUUCAUGACCUUCUUCUCAGACAGAAAGUAUCUAUGGGGAUUUACUCUGAUUGGUUGGGGAGUACCGGCUAUGUUUGUGACAGUUUGGGCAACUGUGAGAGCCAUGUUUGCAGACACAGAGUGUUGGGACUUAAGUGCAGGCAAUUUGAAAUGGAUAUAUCAAGUGCCUAUCCUGGCGGCUGUAGUGGUUAAUUUUAUGUUAUUUCUGAACAUCAUCAGAGUCUUGGCAACUAAAUUACGAGAAACAAACGCUGGAAGGUGUGACACAAGGCAACAGUACAGAAAACUGCUGAAGUCCACGCUGGUGCUGAUGCCACUGUUUGGUGUCCACUACAUCAUAUUCAACGCCAUGCCGUACACAGAGGUGUCUGGAGUUCCCUGGCUGAUCCAGAUGCACUAUGAGAUGCUGUUUAACUCCUUCCAGGGAUUCUUAGUUGCAAUUAUAUACUGCUUUUGCAACGGAGAGGUUCAAGCUGAGAUCAAAAAGUCCUGGAGCAGGAGAACUCUGGCACUGGACUUCAAAAGAAAAGCUCGGAGUGGCAGUAACACUUACAGCUAUGGACCUAUGGUAUCACACACCAGUGUUACCAACGUCACCGCCAGAGGACCGCUGGCCCUCCACCUCACCACGAGGCUGGGACCGGUGCCUGUGAACGGGCACAGGAACCUCCCCGGGUACGUGAAGAACGGCUCCGUCUCAGAGAACUCGAUACCUUCGUCGGGACAGGAGCUCCACAUCCCCGAGGAGGAGCAUUCUGCUCACACGCGGCCCUGCGAGGACGAGAAACCCUCGCCCGUGGUCGAGGAGGAGAGGGAGACGGUCAUGUGACCGCUGUGUAUAGGGAUGAAAACUGGAAAACAAACAAACAAAAAAAAAAACAAAUCAUAACACAGUCUCAGGAUGGUCUGCCAGUUUUUUUUCUCCUGUGAAUCGAGCCAGAACUUUGGCAACUGAUGAGGCUCAAGGUAACAAAAAAAAAAAGAAAAAAAAGAAAAAAGGGUGUAUCACUUUUGUGAGCUGGGCCACCUUUAUUUGAGGGAUGAUGACCCUCAUUGUUGUGGCAAACACUCUCAACUCUUUCAACAACCACCUGCCACAGUGAAUGUGUAAAAGGCUGAAAACAGACUGCCGUUUCUUAUUUCUUUCCCACUGCCAUCGAGUUUUCUGUUUGCUUUUUUGGCAGAUGUCUUGUUGCUCAGCUCUUGUGCAUAAAUCAAACUGAGGUUAGUUAGUUGCAGUAGUUGCCAGGAACAGCCUUAAUCACCUAUGUAAAGCCAGGUGGAUUUUGAGUGCACUUAGUGGCACAUGUGUGGGCAAUUUCAUCAGCAAGGUUUCACAUUAAGUCAGUGUGAGUAGACGACGUGUGGGCUCGGCUUCCAAAAAAAUUAUUAAUGCUACUAUUUUGAGGGAUCUGUUCAUGUUUUCUGGCACGGUUUCUCAUUUGUUCUGCAUUGACUUAAAUCCACUUCAGUGUAAAAGGGAAGGUACUCAGGUAAUUGAAGUCCUCUGUUGUUGCACACCUAUUUUUAUACGUUUAAAGUGGUGUUUUAGCAUGGUCAGCAUUUCUCUCCAGAGGAUGUUGGUAGGUUAUAUAAGGCUGUGUUAAAAUAUUCUUGUUUUCAAAAAAACGUUGUACAGUCUCUGCUGUUUAGAAAGACCCGGUAUUCAUCUCUCUGAUUGCAACAGAUUUCGAAGAGUUCAAAUGAAUGUUUCAUAUUCAAAUUCUCUAACAAAACACACACACAAGAUACACACACACACACACACACACACACACACACACACACACAUACACACACACACACAAAACGAUGCCAAAGUAAGAAUAUCUCUUUGAGGACUGUCUCUUUCUUUGGGUUGAGUGUCAUCUGAGGUAAAGAGGUCCUUAAUAGAAAUCUGACAGAAAUAGUAUCAAGUGUUCUCGCUAAGUUUUCAAAGGAAGAGACCCCCCAUUUAAAAAAACACAGGGCGCAGGAAACGGUCAUAUAUUUCAGUGGAAUGUUAAUUAAAUGAGGAAUCCAAGAAAAUCUCAAAUUCCCCUGGAAAUUCCAAGAGCGACAUUUGUGGUGGAUAUGAAGGAAAACCCAGAGAUGAAAAACACACAGAAAUUUUCACAGAUGGUCCAGUGUUAUGCUGCUUUUUGAUGUAUAUAUACAAGUCACAAUGUUUACAAAGAUCAGAAAUACAUUCUAAUUGUGAGCUAAUAGUGUUCAUGUGUAUGGAUAUGUUAUAAAGCUAUGUUUCAGUGUAUAUAAUUUUUUUUUUUCAUGUGUUUGUUUACGGAAUGUUUGCAAUAUUUGAUUAUGUACAUUGUCCAAAUCAAAACUGGUGAAUACAUUUACAGGUGACAGAGGGCAUUCAGACUAGCAUUUAACGAAGCAUUAGACAAGGUAUUUCAAACUCUGUAACUUGUAACUUACUGCACUUAACCUGCACGGUUUGCAGGUUAGGUCACAUAAUCUAUUAUACCAAAGAGAAAAGGCAUGAUAUGCUGCCAGGGAAAAAGGUUGUUUUGCAGUAUUUUCAUCCACCAUCUUGUUUACAGUGACCAAAAAGUCUUAAAGUCACCCGCUCUCCAAAAAAAAAAAGAAAAAAGAAAAAAAAAAAAGUAUUUGCUACUGGUAGUUAGUGUAGGAAAAUGUCAAGAUAAAAGUGUUGAAAUACAGCUCCCACAUAGAUUGAAGUUUUUAAAAUAAAUAUUCAGUUCCAUGUAAACAGCAGUGAAGCAAAUGAGAAAACCAUCCACAACACUCAGUAGCUCAGUAACAAUGGACUGAGACCAUUAAUAUUAAAGGCAGUUUUGUUGCUCUUAAAUCCUCCACUUGGAUUUUUGACUUAACUUGGUCUCGGGAGCAGAAUUAGUCACUAUUUGGUUUGGACGAACGUGUGUGAUGGAUUUGUGAUUUAGCUCAGAUUCAGCUAAAUGGAGUUUUACCUCACACAUAAAUUCCAACUGAUAUGUGACCAAAGCUAAUAUUUGCUCUUGAGCACAGUGUUAUCCCAUGUUUUUUAUUUUGUUUUUUUUUAUGUUUGGUUUUUUUUCACAUCUGGUGACCACCGUUCGAUGGCAACAACUCUUGUCCCUCUUGCUGUCGUCUGCCUUUAGUGACUUCACGCAGACUGAGUUAUGCUUCCCACCUUCCUGAUUCCCAGGUUUGCUCCACCAGUUGCUCAGUCCAUUAUCAUGUGUGCUGUGACUCAGUUUUGAAAGGUUAGAGCCCGGUCUGCUCUGUUACAAGUCCACCCAGCAGAUUUAUACUGCACGUAAAAGAGUAGAAAACACUAAAUUCAGACAACUUUAUAAAUUGUCUUUGCUGUUUUCCCAUCAAGCAGAUGUUUUAAGGGUCAGUCUGUCAAUGUUCUUCUUAUUGACAGCAAAUCCCAUGAAAAGACCAAAAAUCAACAUUUGCCUGACUUAUAAGUAUUGUCGGACACACUAAUGAGCCACACCUUUUUAUUGGGUGACAUGUUUCUUUAUUACAAAAUACAUGGGUAGUGUAGUUUUUUAUUUUUUUAUUUUUCUGAGCCAAUCCCACAAAUACCAUCCUGUGUGCGUAAAUACUCACUAGCUAACCAAAUGUGUGUUAAUCCGCAGCUAAAAAAAGUCCCCAACAAAUACACUAUUUACUCCUGUCUGAGUAAAGUUUGCCUAAAGCUACAGGGCCCAGGUGUUUUGGGAAAUUACACAGCCUUUCUUUUUUUAAAAAUUAAACAAAAUAUUUGAGACACACAAUUUUAAACAUUUAUACUUUUAGUAGAAACAAAUAGGCUUUUGGAUGAGAGACAACAGCAUGGUAGGAAAGUACUGAGAGAUGGACUAACGCAUUGAUAUUUUUGGUCUUUUUAUGGCUUUUUUUUGGCAAUAAGGAAAAUAUAAAAUCAUUUUAGAUAUAUCCACAAAACUCAUUUGAGCCAGACAACUUCCUGUUUUUGACAGCUGGUCAGACGCCUGUGAUUUUGAGUCAUUAGCUGUAGAAUUCUGAGAAGCGUGUUUGGGCCUUUAAGGAACUCAAAUUGGAUCCAACUGGGACAUUUCCAUGGGGACCGGUCAUGAUUGCGACUCGAGUGGAUUCGCUACAACAGUAAUUAGAGGUGGCUUCAGGCCACAAUGAUGGAAAAAAGGAAAAGACUAAGGUUGAGGGGAAGCUCUUGUCACUUGAUAAUAAAGUGAUAUCCUGUUGGUAUAGUCGUAACAUGUACAACGUUUAAGACUGCAGCUGACUGAGGUGGUUGUUCUUCUAAUCCAAUCAGACUUUCCACUAACUGCCGCUGGGCAAGUAAAGAUGUUGCCGUUGUGUAAUGCAGUUUCUCAUUAAAAGGGCAGGGGUGGUAUCAGAGCAUUCAAAUCUUUUAUUAAAAUAACACUUGGAAAAUUAUAUAUGAGCACUUUAAUACCCUAUAAUACAGUAUUUUGUUCUGAUUGUAUCAUGUAAAAUGAUUGUGUUUUGGAAUCAAGUGUACAAUAAGGCCAAUAACCAUAGAGCUAAUGUUGUAAUUCAUUGUUUUCGAAUACCUCUCAUGGAAGUAUAAAAUGUGUUUCAUUGUCUUUUAUUUAUCUCGUGCCGAAAUGUACUCAGUGGAGUCGACAUUGGUCUUCAUGCUUUACAUACAGUAUGUGGGCAGUGUUUUUCUUUUGUUUGUUUUGUUUGUUUGUUUGUUUGUUUUGUUUUUUUUUUAAGACACAUCUCACCUUCUCAUCACUCCAUGGUGAUGUAGGCAUGUUGUAGAUAUCAGUGUAAACUUGGACUCAAGUAGGAAGAUGUUAUCUGGUUUCUAAUGUUCAUCAGUGAAUUGUGAAUAAGUCAAUAAAUCUAUAAUUUUACUGUA